AUGAAUGCAACCGUAGAAGAAGAAUUGUCUCCGAGCUACGCCUCCGACUCGUUGUUGAUAAACCGAGUUUGUGUAAUUAUUGAGCCUUUGAGUUCGUUGUUUUUCGGUUGAGGUGCUCCGGUAAAAUGUCUUCUUGGUCAAAAUCAAGCAAAGCUGCUCGGCGGCCGCCGGUCAACCCCAACGGAAGCGCACAGCCGCUGCGAUUGUUCCGGAGAGGUGCGCCGUAUCCCAGCAGGGAGGAGAGAACGGAGGAUCUCAAGGAUGCCCUGGACAGUUACAAAGAAUUGGAGCAAAAGCAAAACUUCAGCGGGGGAGUGAAGUUUGAGGCCUCAAAGCAUCAAGCCAAUGCCACUCAAGCCAAGCCUGACACAGCUGUAGCCGACAGACGGAAAACCUUGUAUCAGAAGUUCUACAGACAAGUGCAAGAGGAUCGAAAGCCGCCUGAUUGCGUGGUCAUCUCUGUUACCAACCAAUGCCUGAAUUACCCCAAAUCGCUAAGCCAGUGCUUGCAGGAGCGUGGCCUAUCAGUGGAAAUGCUCUACCUUCAGGCGGAGUCGGGCCUGACCCAAGCCCUACAGGAUGUCCAAAGUGUUGGCUCCCCGUUAUGUAUUCUGGUGGAGCAGACAAACGUAGCUCUGUCCUCCUGCACUGUUAUCAUUUUCUCAGAGUCCCUCAAGAUCCACCGCAACAUGCCCAAAGACCAGGCCUUGGACUUUGUUGUGGCAGAGCACAGGCGUGGACUUGCUAUAGAAAGCCCAGAAAGGGAUCCCGCAGAUGUCGCCGCGCAGGCGUCGCAGCUGCUGGGAGAUUUUCUGGACCGGGAAAAGAUUGAGCGGCACGUUGUCCCGUCUGAAGUCCGUCAGUUCCUCCAGCUUUUAACCGAUGGCGUGCAUCUUUACCCCGAGGAGCUGGACGCCAUCUCGCAGUAUGUCCAGGCCCGUCAGGAACACGUAGAAGCAUCCGACAACAGCAAAGAAGAGAAGGACAAAGUGUUACCUUCAGUACUUGGCAAGCCGCCUCCUCUGCUCCCGACACCACCUGGACCACCACAGAUUCAGUCUCCGUGUGAAGCAGGGCGGCCGCCCCAACCGAUGCCGCUCUUACCUUCACCAGGUUCCUACCCCAAAACCAAGCCUCCCCCGCUGCUGUCCUUGCCUCCAUCUUUGCACAACCCCUACGGCGGCCCCGGUUUGCAUCGUGGCCCCCUUAUACCUUACCCUCCGCAACGUCACCCGAGCCACAGAGUCUCCUACGGGAAUAGAGGAGCUCCGCCCUCCCUCAAAAGUUCUCGCCCUCCACUUUUAUCCACUCCAGUUGCUCCUCGUCUGAGUGGCCCCCGACACUAAAGGACAAGACAGCAGUAUUUCCAGUGUUCUACUUGUUACUCCACAGGGUUCAUAUGCAUGGAAGGUGACCUUUUUUAUUGUUCUUAGGAAAAUACAUACAUGACUGAAAGGUUUCACUGUACAGUGAGACCCUAUUAUUCAUUCAUUCUAGUCCCACUGGCACCAAUAUGUUCCAUCUCUAACCCCACGUUGUGGCUAAAAUAUACACAGUAGUGUGAAAAAGGUGUUUGCCCUGUCCUGAUUUCUGUUUUUUUUUUUUGUUUUUUUUGCAUGUUUGUCACACGUCAAUGUUUCACAUCAUCAAACACAUUUAAAUGUGACUCAAUGAGAACACAACUGAACACAAACGGAAACUUUUUAUUAUUGGAAAAAUGAAUCCAAAGCUAUAAAACAGCCCCAGACCAUCACACUACCACCAUCUUAUUUAACUUUUGAUAUGAUGUUUGUUGUCUGAAAUGCAGCGUUAUUUUUACGCCAGAUGUAAUGGGACGGGCCUUCCAAAAUGUUUCACCGCUGUUCUGUUUUGCCUUUUGUGUGUAAUGACUCUCACUGUGGUUGGCUGGAGUCCCAAAGCUUUAGAAAUAACUUUUUCCAGACGGAUGGAUCUCAGUUAAUCUCAGAAAUCAGGAAGGGGGCAAACUUCUUUUUCCACACCAUUGUAUUUUUUUUUUUGCAACAUGUAAAAAAACUAAUUAAAAAAAAUCCAUUAUUGCAGUUUGUCUUAUUACAUGACGUUUAAUAUUUCACACAAAAAAAAAAAAUAUUGGUCCUUUUGUCACACUUUGUUCAGUAUUCCAUUGUUUUGUAUAAUUUAAAUAGCUUCAUGUACAUGGAUGUAUUUAUUUGUCAUCACUGGGACCAUUUAGUUUUUUCAUAUCAGAUUUAGGUGGAAAGUUUAGCCAGAAAGUGUAAAUGAAUAAAUAUCUCAUACAGUGAUGUUCUUUGCAGUAUGUCCGAUUUUUUUUUUUUUUUACACGAAGCAUAUGCAGUAUCUUUGCAGUACGUUGUCCACUCUUUCAGUAAAUACGUGCAGUAUCUUUGCAGUACAUCAUCCACUCUUUCAGUAAACAUGCAGUAUCUUUGCAGUAUGUCGUCCAAUCUUUAAGUAAGAAUAUGCAGUAUGUUUUCUCUGUUUUGCACAUAAAAUACGAUGUGUUUC